CUUGGAUGGACACCGAAAACAAGAGUGUCAAGGCGCCUGAAGAAACUUUAACAUUAUAUUAGACCUGUAUCAGAAGAAACUAUAGCAGACUUCAGGGGUAUGAUUAUGGACGUAAAUCUGAGAUGUCGUGAAAACAACUUGGCUCAUCGCACCAAGGAGAUCGAUAAGGAGCGCCUGAUUGUCCGCAGAGGUCAACCCUUCUCCAUAACUGUGCAGUGCUCUGGGACCAUUCCUCCCAACCACCACCUGGAACUGGUUCUGCACAUUGGUAAGAAAGAUGAGGUGGAGAUCAAGGUUCAGAAGGAGCGUGGGGUCGGAGACAAGUGGUGGUUCAGCCAGCAGGGAGCGCAGGACGAAAUGCUGCUGACUCUGCACAGCCAACCGGAUGCUAUCAUUGGCCAGUACCGUUUGACUAUGUUGAUGAUGUCACCUGACGGACGCACUAUAGAGAAGACCGACAAGACAAGAUUUCACCUUCUUUUCAACCCUUGGUGCAAAGAUGACGCAGUGUACCUCCCCGAUGAGAAGCUGCUCCAGGAGUACAUUAUGAAUGAAAGUGGAGUCAUUUACAUGGGGUCCACUGAGAGGAUUGACGGUAUUUCCUGGAGUUAUGGACAGUUUGAGGACUAUGUGAUGGACAUCUGUUUUGAAGUCCUGAACAACUCCAAGGAGGCCCUCAAAAACUCUGAGAUGGACAUCAACCUCAGAUCUGACCCUGUCUAUGUCAGCAGGAUAAUCACUGCAAUGGUGAACUCUAAUGGUGACAGGGGUGUGUUGACUGGUCGUUGGCAUGAGCCGUACUCUGAUGGAGUAGCACCGACCAAAUGGACCGGCAGCGUGCCGAUCCUCCAACAAUGGAGCAGGGCCGGGGCGGGGCCGGUCAAAUAUGGCCAGUGCUGGGUGUUUGCUGCUGUCGCCUGUACAGUGCUGCGCUGUUUGGGAAUUCCAACACGCCUAAUCACCAACUUUAACUCAGCCCACGAUGUCGAUGGGAACCUCUCCGUCGACAUCCUGCUAAAUGAAAAACUGGAGAGAGUUGACAGCAGGAACAAGGCAGACAGUAGCUGGAACUUCCACUGCUGGGUUGAGUCUUGGAUGAGGAGAGGGGAUCUUCCCAAAGGCAAUGACGGCUGGCAGGUUUUGGACCCGACCCCUCAAGAACUGAGUGAUGGCGAGUUUUGCUGCGGCCCGUGUCCAGUGACUGCCAUCAAGGAGGGAAAUCUCGCUGUAAAGUACGACGCUCCGUUUAUUUUCGCCGAGGUGAAUGCUGAUACUAUCUAUUGGAUCAUUCACGACAAUGGCCAAAGACAGAAGAUCAAAGUGGAUCACACCGCUGUGGGGAGGAAUAUCAGCACCAAAAGUGUUUAUGGGAACCAGAGAGAAGAUGUCACUCUACGCUACAAAUAUCCUGAGGGCUCGAUGAAGGAGAGAGAGGUGUAUGAGAAGGCGGGACGCCGGUACCCAGAGCCGAUCAAUGAGAACACAGAACCAGGACUGAAACUGUCCAUCAAGCAUGCCAAGCCUGUAUUUGGGACAGACUUUGAUGUCUUUGUUGAGGUAAAGAAUGAAGGAGGCAGUGAGGCUCAUGCUCAGCUGACCAUAAUCGUCACUGCUGCAACUUACAGUUCUCUCCACCGCGGGGAGUGCAAGAGACAAAAAAUCAAUGUGACAGUGCCAGCUCACAAAGCCCACAGGGAAGUGCUGCGUCUGCACUACGACGACUACGCUCAUUGUGUGUCCGAGCAUCAUCUGAUCAAGGUGAGAGCCUUCUUGGACUCUUCAGGAAACGGCGACCCCAUCAUGACCACGGCCAACAUCCCACUGAGCAUGCCUGAGGUCCUUGUGCAGGUGCCUGGGAAGGCUGUUGAAUUCGAAACAGCUAAAGCAUUCUUUACCUUCACCAAUCCCCUCCCAGUUCCUCUUGUCGGUGGUGUGUUCACCGUGGAAGGGGCCGGUCUGCUGGUGGCCACUGAGAUCCCUGUCAGUGGUGAUAUAUUACCGGGCCAGGAGGUGUCUGUCGGGCUCUCGUUCUCACCCAUCCGUUCUGGGGUGAGAACGCUCAUUGUGGACUUUGAAUCAAACAGGCUGAAGGACGUGAAGGGAGUCGCCACCGUAGUUGUCCACAGGAAAUACCGCCCUAUAAUUGUUACAUGUUAUUGAAAAACUUUAAGGUGACUGAGCCACACCUCUCUGUGUCAGAUUAGAACAUUUAUUAUGGCUGGCACUAAAAGGAAAUUUGUAUGUUCCUCCUCUGUGCAAUUUCAUUCAAUACUUUAACUGAUUUGCCCAGUUUCCGUCUUCUUUGUUAACUUUAUAUAUUGAAAUUACAAAUACCAGGACAAAACAUUGUUCUUGUCUGAUUUUCCAAAAAUUGGAAUUUUUUCAUUUUGUUUCUUAAUUCCCUUAUUGCACUAUUUUAAUCUUUUUUUUUCUAAAUAUUAUUCAAAGAAAUCAAUUAUUUCAUACAAAUUUAUCCUAAUGCUAAUCAAAUUUAUAUUAAUUGUGGGUUCGAGGAUGUAUGGCACAUGCUUUCAAUAAAGACAAA